CCCCGCGGCCAUAGAUCCAUCCAUCCCCAUUUCACAGCAUGUAUUCCAGAGCAACAGCAGUUUCCAUCAUAUCCGAGUGUUGAUCUAUCGGUACUUCGGUAGCCAAUGGCGGACAUAGCGAUGCUGGUGGCCGAUGAGGCGUUCGAGAAGAGGCUGCAGCGAGGGGCGCCCUUCGCCGGCGCCGGCGAUGAGGCGUCCAAGGGCAGGGAGAACUUCCGGGCCGUGACCAAGGUGUGUGGCUCAUGGGCGUCGGGGGUCAAGGUGCGCGUCGCGCUGCUCGUCAAGGCCGACCUGGUGGCCGAGCCCAAGACCCCGGUCGCCAUGGCAGCCUUCGACGGCUUCUUCUCUGCUUAAUUAGUCAUCUUUUUCUUUCUGAAAUGGAGUUAAUUUCGAAGAGUUUUACCUGUAUCUCCCCCCCCCCCCCCCCCCCCCCCCCC